UAAGCAGAAUAAUGUUGUGAGCCACUUUGGAGAAAAGUAUCACAAAUAAAUGUAAAUAGAAUCUCUGGAGCUCCCAGGCUGGGGAAGGAAGAACUCAGCAUUCACUCAGUUAUGUCACACGUUCCUCCAAAGCAACUGAUGAUGGUACACCAAGGUACUUACACUGGUUUACCCUUUGAAACAACAAGGUACUUUAAUUGAUCAAUGUAGGGUAAGUGCCUUGCUCGAGGGUACUACAGCAGGAGGUGGGAUUCGAACCUGGUUAUUUUAAAGUGAGAGCGCUAACCACUGUGCCGCCUGCUGGCCUGUUGAGGGACUUUGGAUGAACAGGGUUCAGAGGCAGUCCUGACACAGAUUUACUGUGUUAUUAGUCUGACUGGUUCCCUGCUUUCGGGGAACACUGACACUGCAGAUGAGUAACACUUCCAGUCGAGAAGCAGUGACACUCACCGGUGUUAACUGCAGCCUCUCUUUCUGUGCAGGUAGAAAUGUCAGCCAAAGUAGUUAAACAAGCGCUGUCAUGUGGUCCCAUUCAGGAGGGAGCAAUUUGAGCCUGAACCGCGGCUCUUUCGGGCCAUUAGUUACAUCUGCGCCAAACUCAUUUUUUGUUCUUGCCUGCAUAAAAAGGUGUGUUACGCAACGGUAAUGCGUUCCUGUCGGUCGUAAAAAUAUCCAGAGCUCCAUCGAUGAGUGCCUCCAGCAUCAGCUAUCUGCUACUUGUGCACCACGCACUCGAUCAUCCGUCCUUUUUCCCUGGUUAGUCAUCAGGAUAGAGCAUUGCCGCGCACCUUCAAACUGCGGGAGGUUGGGGGGGCGGGGAGAACCUGCUGCUCCCCCCCAGCAACGUCCCUCACUCGCAGCCCGUCAUCCACCGCCGUCCACAGCUCGCUCUGUGUCUCUCUCCUUCGGUCUUCUUUUCUGUCGUUCCCCUUCCUGUGUGUGUGUGUGUUGGGCUGGUGUAGACGCACCACACAGGUACGCAGAUUAGCGCGGGCAGGGAGUGGGGGUGGACACACCACGUGACUCUGAAUGAGCUUAGGGUUAGCGAUUGGACAAGUCGUUCCAUGGUGUGCCGGUGUCGCUGCGGUAGGGAGCUCAGGGCAGUCGCCACCAUGGCGGAGACGCACGCUGCGCUGGGUGAGCGUCCCUCUGAGGCCAUUAACCGUUUUCAAACGGCAGCGGCAGAGCGCAACACCAGAUUCGAUGCCGAUGAGAUUAAGAGGCUCGGCAAGAGGUUUAAGAAACUCGACCUGGAUAACUCCGGCUCGCUGAGUGUGGAAGAGUUCAUGUCGCUGCCUGAGCUGCAGCAGAAUCCCUUGGUGCAGCGAGUUAUUGACAUAUUUGACACCGAUGGCAACGGAGAAGUUGAUUUCAAAGAGUUUAUAGAGGGAGUCUCACAGUUCAGCGUCAAAGGAGACAAGGAGCAGAAGCUGCGAUUUGCCUUCCGCAUCUAUGACAUGGACAAGGACGGCUACAUCUCCAACGGGGAGCUCUUCCAGGUGCUCAAGAUGAUGGUGGGGAACAACCUGAAGGAUACGCAGCUGCAGCAGAUUGUGGACAAGACCAUCAUCAACGCAGACAAGGAUGGAGAUGGGAGAAUAUCCUUCGAGGAGUUUUGCGCGGUCGUCGGAGGUUUAGACAUUCACAAAAAGAUGGUGGUGGACGUGUGACGAGUCCAUGAGCUUUGUGCUCCACCUGCUCUCCUCUCCAUCUCCGAAGACCUGCUCCAGACGUCCAGCACUGCUCUCUCUGUGUGUUUCUUUGGAAGCAUCUCAUCUGUGAAGCCACCUCCUGAUCCCAACACGAGCCUCGUCGAGCCAACUUUUUAAGUGUUUUCGAACUUGGGUUCUCUCAGUGACUCAGAGUAGCACUUUAAAGUCCUGAGGAACAGAUAUCCUUGUCGAAAGUUAGACGGCUGGAGGAAAAGAGGCCUGGCUUGUCGUUAUGUGGUUGUUUUACAUUUUCAUUUUGGUCGUUUUUUUAAUAGGGAAGUGUGUGAGGUGAAACUUGUAGGGUGUGAAGUGCCAAGCAGAACAUACAUUUAACGAACCAGUUCACUUAUGAUCAUUACCACCCAUCACUUUAAUUGCAAGGAAAUUGGUGAAAUGAAGUACUGUGUGAUCGAGGUAACUUGUAUCUCACGCGUGUGCAUUUUUUUCCAGUUUUCUUUUGUACUUUACAUUUUGUAAAACGGUCUUGUUUCAUAAAUUUUACCUUGAAGCCACAAAAAGUACAAAUACGCUGUCAAAUUUCUUUGUACCAAGAGGGUCGUUUAAUUCACGUGUAUUUACAUUGUUGGGAGCCGAUCUCUUCCUUGUCUUGCAUUGAGAAAUGCAGCCGAGUAGAAAUAGAUGCCAAGGUGACCAGUGUUUGCAUAUCGAAUAGCAGUUUACAUUUACAAUGUCCUGCUUCUGUUCUACCACGGUAACCACUCGCCUGCACCGGGCCAACACCUUAAUUUAAUCUUAAAUUAUGUCACUGCUAAUGGAAUAUUUCUAUCGACAGUAUAGCCGCAACACUUUAAUGUAUUUUGUAUUUUGUUAUCUUUUUAAUAGUUACAGUUGAUGGUAAAUGCAGUCCAACAUGCUCCAAGCUAAUAACGCAUAGUUUAUAAUUUGUAUAUAAAGGCGGGAACUGUGUCUUUAUAGUGCAUCGCAGAUUCUGCAGAAGUCAGUCCUUUUUUCUCCUUUGCUAGUACAUGUUAAUGUUAUUGGUUCAUAUUAGGUAGAGCUUUUCAACCUCUUGCCAUUUUAAACGGGAGAAACGCUUUACUUCUAGCGACAUUUUUACCGUCCACGUUCUUUGUUACAGUGCCCCGUUUUUGUGGUUCGUUUUCCUUCCGUUUUACCUUCAGACACAGCAAAUCUUAACUCGCCGUUAAUGUGUCAGAGUCAUUCUGGCAUGAAAAUGGUUAGUAUUGCCCCUUUAUAGACACUGGACAGUUUUGCUUUAGAGAAGACAGACGGCAAGGAAGGGCACUGGGGAGAGGACAUUUCAGACUACAGUCUAUAAGAAUGACAUUUUUUAAAGCCUACCUACUGUAUAGCGUUUCUUUCCAAAGCGGCCCCUGUGUUGUGUAGCUGGGCUUGGGCUGGACCGCCGGCCUGUCCAGGCGCGUCUCCCUGGGCUGGUCCUGACCCUGUCCCGGGAGGUCUGCGGACAAGAUCUGCACACCACGGGCUGCCUGUCUUCCCUGGUCCCCAUGUGCUUGCAUGACGUGGGACUUUAACCUCUGUGCAUGUAGACCCACUCCAAGGCCUUCCUUGUUUACAUAUGAAAUGUAAUGUUGAUAUAAUAUACAGAGUAACAGUAUGAUAUGGAUGUUGCCAAACUUGGUAAAUGUUAGCAUAUUAAGAUGAACUGUAACAGCGGAAGAAGCUCUUCUACAUGUUGACUUUUGAAUCUUUUUGGAUUGAUGUGCUGCUUGAAUUCCAGCUCGGCUUCGGGUCCGGCCCAGCGUCAGCUGCCGCCUGCACUGCUUCAAGGGGAAAUCAGUUGUGGUUUUUAAUUUUUAUUUAUUUAUUUGCUUAUUUAUUUUUUGUAUGGGAAUUAUGAACACAAUUUUGCACACUUUUUUCUCUGUAGCUAAAGCUGUAACCCUUCAGCGUCUCCGUUCCUGUCCCUUCAGGGGAAUGGCUAUUUACCUGGGGGGAAAUGACCGUUCGAGGUCAAACUUUUGCUUUUCUCUUCCUUUUCUGCAUGCUGCAUCCUGUGCUGUGGGAACUAUUGGAAACUUCAUAAUGUACGGAAAUAAAAAAUAAACUUUUAAACAG